UUGCAGCUCGCGCCGUAGCGCGUGCUAGUCAGUAGAGCGCAUCUUAUGCGCAACUCUGAGAUACGGAGCGCUGCAGUCGUACGGGGAGACGCUCCAGGAAGUCUAGCGCCUAUAGUUUCCCUUGUGAAGAAGAAGAAGCGCGAAUGAAAACAUCCGUAAAGUGGCUCGCGUGAGAGCGGUUGCUGCUUAACUGCCGGAGCUCAACAAGUCCGUGCGCUCGACGCUUAUCUGGCAGUCCGCUGAUUGUUGGCCUCACUCGGAGCCGCUUUUCCGGUUCUCGUUUUCUUCCGCUGACACACACUGGCACAGUCGGUUAUGUAAGGUUUUGUUUAUUCUUUGUAUAACGUGUUUAUCAGGUCCUCGUGUCCCCAUGCCUUAAACGUAACACGGAGCGUCUGGUACCGGGGACAUUAGUGCGAGCCGAUUUGCCCUGCUGCUGGGUGUCUGGUAACUCAAUUAUGGGGACUAAGCAGAGCAUCCCUGCCGGAGCCGGCCGGACCCGAGCCUACUCUAAUUCGGACACGCCUUCGAGCGCCUUCACAAGCCCCAGCGGCAACGGCAGGACCGCGGCGGUGGCCGUGAGAUUCCCCGCGCAGGGCCCAGCACAGCAGGUUACCUCGAGACCCCGAGCCGCGGGGGCGAGCGGAGCGGGUGCGAGCGGCGCAGGGACAGCGUCGACAGCGCCGUCGGACGGCAACGAAUCAGAACACCCCCAUGGAGAAAGGGGUGUGUCACACGAGGCGCCCCGUCUCCUGAUUGGCUCUCUACCUUCCCGUUUUCCUCCUCACCUCUUUGAAGGUUUCAAGUGUCCAGUGUGUUCCAAGUUUGUCCCCCCAGAUGAGACGGAUUUUCACCUGGUGAUGUGCUUAACCAAGCCACAGAUCACCUAUAACGAGGAUGUUCUGACGAAAGAUGCGGACGAGUGUGCCAUUUGCCUGGAGGAGCUCCUGCAGGGGGACACUAUCGCUCGCCUACCUUGCCUCUGCAUUUACCACAAGGGGUGUAUUGAUGAGUGGUUUGAGGUGAACAGGUCCUGCCCAGAACAUCCCUCUGAUUGAAUGCUGUUCUGUAAGCACAGGUUUCUAUUUUCCUCUUUGGGGAUGGCAGAAUAUUUCAGCACCAGCACAGCAGCUCAGAUUAUGUUUGAAAAUGUCUUUCCUGAGGAGGACGCAAGUUGUCUAUGAACCCAAAGAGAACUGUGCCAUUCAGAUGUGCCAAAAGAAAUUAAACAGUCUUCAGGGAGUAACCUUUGCAUCCUUCAGACUGAUGAGGCUGUGGCCAUUUCCCUUGUUCAGGUGAGGUCUGUUGGUGUUGGGUUUCACAUGUUGCUUAUAGAAAGCGUAGACCCAACUUUGCAGUACCGUAGUAAAUCGGGAAGUACUGCAUGAAGACCUCCUUGUUCUGCUGCAUCACUGGCUCAACGUGAUUUCCAGUGCGCUGUACUGUGGACAGUUGUUGAACUUCAUCUCUACAAUAUGCCACUCUUCCCGCUGUGCAGCUCUACAGGACAAAGCUGUGCUGUUGGACAUGUGCUUUGCCAGUGCCUUCCCGGUGCACUCUCAGAUCUCAUGUCUGAGUAAAGUCUGCACCGCUUUAUAGCAUGGCUCAGGGACUUGCUGUGAGCUGUUGUGUGUGGGUUUUUUUUUUUUUUUUUUUUUUUUCCCUUUUUCCUCUCUCCCUCUCACAU